AUUAUUUCUCUUUGAGUCUUAAUUUGUGAUCAUUCUUUAUUUUUUCAUAAAAAUCUUUUAAGAAGGAAAAAUGCAGAAAGCCAUAAACAGACAGAAAAUAUUGCUUCAACACCUUCAACCCACAUCUUCUUGCUCAUCUAUUCAACGAAAUGAAUCCACUUUAUCUGCUUCAAACUGUUUAGCAGGGGAUAGUUCUACUUGUCAAUGCACAACUGCUUCUGGAGAUGAUGUUGUCAUUGUUGCUGCAUACCGUACUGCCCAAUGCAAAUCUAAACGUGGAGGUUUUAAGGAUACUCUUCCUGAUGAUUUACUCUCAACUGUUCUAAAGGCAGUGGUAGAAAAGACAAAUGUGAACCCUGGCGAGGUUGGUGAUAUAGUUGUUGGUACAGUUCUAGCACCAGGUUCACAAAGAGGAAUUGAAUGCAGAAUGGCUGCAAUAUAUGCUGGCUUCCCAGAUACUGUGCCCAUCAGAACAGUGAACAGGCAAUGCUCAUCUGGGCUACAAGCAGUUGCUGAUGUAGCUGCCUACAUAAAAGCGGGAUUUUAUGACAUAGGUAUUGGUGCUGGAGUAGAGUCAAUGAGUACUGACCAAAUUGGGCCUAUUGCAAAAGUCAACCCGAGAGUGGACCUAUUUGCACAAGCCAGAGACUGUCUUCUUCCAAUGGGGAUCACAUCUGAAAAUGUGGCACAGCGUUUUGGUGUGACUAGGCAAGAACAAGAUCAAGCUGCAGUCGAGUCUCAUAGGCGUGCUGCUAUAGCAACUUCAUCUGGGAAGUUCAAAGAUGAGAUUGUUCCGGUUUAUACAAAGAUUGUUGACCCAAAAACUGGAGAGGAAAAACCUGUUAUAAUAUCUGUAGAUGACGGUAUCAGGCCAGAUACGAACAUGGCUAAUCUAGCAAAACUCAAGCCAUCAUUUAAAAAGGAUGGGACAACAACAGCAGGGACUGCAAGUCAGAUUAGUGAUGGUGCUGGUGCAGUCCUCCUCAUGAAAAGAAGUGUGGCUCUAAAGAAGGGUCUUCCAAUCCUUGGUGUAUUUAGGAGUUUUGAGGCUGUUGGUGUGGAUCCUGCUAUCAUGGGCAUAGGUCCUGCUGUUGCAAUUCCAGCUGCAGUUAAGUCAGCAGGUCUAGAGCUUGAUAACAUUGACCUUUUUGAAAUAAACGAGGCCUUUGCAUCACAGUUUGUAUAUUGCAGCAAGAAGCUACAACUUGAUCCUAAAAAGGUUAAUGUUAAUGGAGGAGCUAUAGCUAUCGGACAUCCUUUAGGAGCGACAGGAGCUCGCUGUGUUGCAACUUUACUUCAUGAGAUGAAGCGUCGUGGGAAAGAUAGUCGCUUUGGGGUUGUUUCUAUGUGCAUAGGUUCUGGUAUGGGAGCUGCAGCAGUAUUUGAAAGAGGAGAUUGAGUUGAUGGCCGACGAGAUGCUCAUGAAAUCACAUCAUACAAUUAAUAAUUUAAGAAUGCACUAUACACGCAUUAUAUAUCAUAAGGAAUUGUGAUACCAGCUGCUUAAAAUUGUGCAUGUCACAUGAAAUUUACUAUAGUCCUUUUUUAGUUAUGCCAAUGGUAAUGCUGAUAAAUAUUUUGAAACAUGGAACUUUCUAAGCUUUGAAAAUAAUGCACGAUAGAAGUUUUUAUUUGGUGUUA